AUGUACAACAGGUCAUCAUCAUCGUCAUCAAGUUCAAGAGAGGGGAAUUGCUCAAGACCGCUGCUACAACCGGUGCAGCUGCUACCAGAUAGAUCAAGAUCAAAUUCUGUUCUUAAUUACAUAUUUAACCAUAUUCCCAAUGGUUCUAGCUCUUAUCGAAGUAAACGAGGUUUUUCGCUAUUUAAGCUAUUUAGCCUCGAAUUGAAUUUACCAGGUAUGGAAAGAAACUAUUAUGGCAAUGAAAGUGAUGGCACUCGGGACAAUGAUUGUCCCCUGUUAAAGAGGAAAAUUACAGAUGAUGAAUCAUAUCAAGAAUUGAUUAAUAUGAUGAGCAUUCCUUGGUUUUUGGAGAAAUUUAUGAUAUUCGGUUUACUUGUGUGCUUUAAUUCAUUUUUAUCAUUGUUCACCUUAGCACCUUUAAAAAUCAUUAUUGUGUUUGUUUCUGUAUUAGUGCAAGCACUCAAUAGCAGAAACAAAUUCAGUUCUGUGCAAAAGUUAAGGCUUAUCAAGAGAGAUGUGAUUACUAUGACUUUGAUUGCCGCAUCCUUGGCGGUAUUAUCUGCCAGAAAACUAGACAUUUCAAAGAUGUACCACGAUGUAAGAGGACAAGCAGAUAUAAAGCUUUAUGUAAUGUUUGGUGUUCUCGAAGUUGCAGAAAAAUUGUGUUCGUCUAUCGGCCAGGAUUUGCUCAAUAUUUUGUUUCACACGUCAUCAAUGGACCAUUUCAGCCGGUUUCUUGUGUUUUAUUUUAUAUCAAUCUUCUACUUAUCAUUUCAUGCUUAUAUUUUGAUCUACCAAACGGUAUCAUUGAACGUUGCGGCAAACUCGUAUUCCAACGCAUUGCUCACAUUGCUUUUGUCCAACCAAUUCUCUGAGUUGAAAAGUUCUGUUUUUAAGAAAAUGGAUAGAGAAGGCUUAUUCCAAAUCACAAUGGCUGACUUAUCCGAACGGUUCCAGCUAUCUCUCAUGUUGGUGAUAAUUGCCAUCCGCAACUUUUUGCAACUACAAGCUGAAAGCAACGCAGGAGGUGGAUUUGGCACCAAAACUGGUACCUCCACAACGACUACAACAACAACUGUAGAGAGCUGGAAAGCAUGGAGUUCUUGUGUAGUUGCAAUCUUGAAACCCAGCGUUGUUGUGAUUGGUAGUGAAAUCUUUGUGGACUGGUUAAAACAUAGCUUCAUAUCGAAAUUUAACAAGAUCAAACCUAAAGUUUAUCGAAACUUCUUAUAUGUAUCAUGUUUGGACUUUCUUCAAGUAUUCCAAUUUGAUUCAAAGGAUAUUGGACUGGGAAGAAAACAGAGUGGGCGCCAUGAAAUUACUGAUUACAUUGUAUUGACAAGGAGAAUAGGUUUACCUUUACUCGCAUCGGUGGUUUGCUUUUUGAGAAUGACUUUGGGUGAUUUUAGACAAUUAUUUGUUUUUCGUAGUAGCGAGCACGAUCAAGCAAAUGCAGGUUAUGGGAAUGAUGUUGGUGGUAUUGUUCGUGCCGAAUGGAGAGCUGCUUUAGGAACAAUAGCUCUCGUGACCAUCACCAUGACGACAUUAUUAUUCAUACGUAUGUUGUUAGUUUUGGCGAUAUUCAAGAUUGCGAAUCAAUCAGUUGCAAAGCAUAGAUUGCUCCAGGAUACGAUAAAGAAAAGAAUGGGUGAAAGAUACCAAGGGAAGGAAAUGCAAGGAGAACAGAACCAAAAACAGGAACAGAAUCAAAAACAGAAACACAACGAAGAAAAUAAGGAGAACGAUGAAAUUGAAAAUAGUUGUGGUGCAGAAACACCGGCACACUCGCUAUCGCCAACAUUGGAGAUAAAUUCACCAUUAUCAAAAAAAGGUGCAGAACUUUCGUCUCCAAUCCAUUUGUCCUUCCUACCUGGAACGCCAAAUACCGAGCCGUCUACAAUAAAUCCAAGCACACGAGCUCAUUUAUAUGAUGCGGAUGAAUCAAUACCACCUACACCUGAAGAAAGACGCAAUGAAGCAUUAAACAAAGGACCGCUUAAUGAAACUCAGUGGAGCAACGAUGAUGGUGAUGAAGGGUUAUCAAAAGUUCUGCGGUACAAGAUGUCCAGUAAACGAAUUUGGUGA